AUGAACUGCAUUCUGGAGGGGUUGACGUCUUACUGUUAUACCGUCGCCUGGAUAAGACUGCCCAAACAACCCGGGGCGCUGCGAGUCCCCAAGAACACCGUUAUCAACACCAGAUCUCAGUAUGAAAUCUUCAAGAAUAUGUGCCCAGUGUCCAUCUACAACGUAACUGUCACCGACUCUGGGAUUUACUACUGUGCCGUCAUAUAUGGCCAGCAGAUCUACUUAGGCAAUGGCACCACAGUGAUUGUUAAAGAUGAAACCAAAGCUCCUCCAACCAUCGAAAUCCUGAAACCACAGAAUAGCUACAAUUCCUUUGUCUCUCUCCUGUGUUUGGUGUCAGGAGUGGUCCCGUCUCAGGUCCAUGUGUUCUGGCUCAUAGACGGGAGAGAGGACAGUGGACUUACUGAGUCCACCUGGACAGACAACAGUGAUUCAGCCACAGAGUUCACUAGGAACCAGAUUCUGGUCAAAGCAGAGGAGUGGGACAGAGGAGCAGAAUGCACAUGUGUGGUGGAGUUAGAAGGGCAGUAUAUCACCAAAACCGUGCAACACAAUGACUUCUCCACGAUGUGUUACACCAUAGUGAGUCUCUACAGGGUUCUGGGAAUUGUGUCCGCUCUUCUUCUUCUCCUUACACUGACUGCAUGGGCACAACUAUCAGGCAAGAGCAACAAUUCAGGCAAGUCUAAGAAAAGCAACAGAAAACCCCCAAACUAAAGAAAAGGAGGGCUUUGGGAUUCUGUCUUCAUUGUGAAAACUGCAGUAAACCAACAUUCAGAAUUUGAGUGCUUUGUGUGAAUCCGAGUGCUUCACACCGACUAGGAAGAUGUUAAGUAUGUAGUACAUUUUCACUGGGUGUCGAAAGGCUAUAGAAUAUUUGAGUGUGACUUUUUUUUCCCUAUUAACUUUGCUUUUGAUUUCAUUACAUGAAAAUUGUCAGAUAAGCAA